UCACACCGGAAGAAAAGAGGGGUCUUCUUCAGGAGAUAGAACUCUUGAAGCUCGUGGGCCCUCAUCCAAAUAUUGUCAGCCUUCGAGCUUGUUGUACGACUGGAUCUGUGAUGGCGCUGCUUCUCGAGUACUGUCCUCUGGGUGACUUGAAGACUUACCUCACCAAGAUAAGAAGGCGCAAUAAGGACCUGGAAGAACUCUCCAAAGAUGCUGGCGAUGCAAACCAGAGGUCAAUUUUCCAAACAAGUAACGACUCGGGUAUCUGCGAAGACACAGGUUCCGAUGUCCAGGAGGUCCUAUCAGCAGCAUAUCUCCUCUCACUUGUGCGACAGGUUGCUCGAGGCAUGGAGUUUCUGGCGUCAAAGAGAAUAGUCCACCGCGACCUUGCAGCACGCAACAUUCUGCUGCUGAGCAAACAGCAGGUGAAGAUUGCAGACCUUGGCCUCUCUAGAGACGCUUACGAAGAGGGGCUCUACCGGAAAACAACUGGCGGCCGACUCCCAGUGCGCUGGAUGGCAGUUGAAUCACUUUCACACUUCACCUACACACCUAUGAGCGACGUCUGGUCUUUCGGCGUCCUGAUGUGGGAAGUGAUGACGUUGGGAGCGGUGCCCUACCCCGGAGUUAACAACCACGAAGUGCUUCAGUACCUGUUAGAAGGCAACAGAUUGAACAGGCCAUCGGACUGCGCCCAAGACGUGUACGACAUCAUGGCGUCCUGCUGGAACAGCAACCCCGUCUCCAGACCGUGCUUUGGGCAGAUAAUCCAGAGCAUGGACAGCAUCAUGGAAGAAAGUCUCGACUACUUUCACUUUGACUGAUUUGCUUACAGCUUAGA